CAAGAUGAAGCCCGUUUUAGUUUUUCUUUCGCUGACAGGAUUGUUCUGUGGAACUUUGUCUGAGAGUGCUGUCAUAAAGUUUAUCAUUGCUGAGGAACUGCCAGCACCAACUUUAGUGGGAAACAUCGCAGAAAGAAGUGGAUUGAGGAUUAAUUACACAAUAGAAGAGUUUAACAGUAUUCGUUACAAAUUUCUGGAUCAAAGCGUCAUGCAAACCCGUUUUAAGAUAGAUGAUGUAUCGGGAAACCUGUCAACGUCUGUCGUACUAGACAGAGAGUCCAUCUGUGGAUACAAGGAGACUUGUAUCAUGGCAUUCGACGUCGCUGCUUACUCUAACAUGAUCACCUUGUUUGAAAUUUUGUCCGUAGAAGUUGAGCUCACUGAUGAAAAUGACAACAUCCCAACAUUUCCCGAGAAUAACGUCACUUUCCAAAUGUUAGAAUCUUCUGUAAUUGGAUCUACUAUUUCGUUAGACUACGCAACAGAUCUGGAUUCUACACGUCAGAACUCCAUCAAAUCUUACGAAAUUGUUCCAGAAGAUUUCGGUGUGUUUGGUCUCAAUGUGACAAGAAAGCCAGACGGGGGUUUUCAGUUGAGGCUUGUGUUGUCACAAUAUUUAGACAGAGAAACUACCAAUCACUACCAAUUUUAUGUGAUAGCCAAAGAUGGAGGAAUUCAGCAGAAUAUCGGAACAUUGACUGUGAAUAUCAUGGUAACAGACUACAAUGAUCAUUCACCAGAGUUUGUUCAGCCAAUGUACAAUGUCACAGUAGCUGAAGGUGUUGCCAUAGAUACAUCCAUUCUGACUCUGUCAGCUACGGAUAAAGAUAUCGGUGAAAAUGCCAGAAUCACGUAUGGAUUUAGCUCCAGGCAAUCAGAUUUAGACAUCAUCACCAGUUUGUUUGAAAUAGAAUCUGCUACUGGAGUUGUGAAAGUCAUUGGAGACUUGGUAUAUGAGACUGGGAAAGUUCACAAGUUUUACGUAGAAGCUAGUGAUCAUGGAGACCAGCCUCGAGUUACCCAGACCACUGUGUAUGUGUCCAUCUUGGACGUAGGCAACAACCCACCAAUUGUGAGCAUCAACUUCUUAUCAUCAGGAAACGCUGGUCUGGUCAAUGUGUCUGAGUCUGCCAACCUGAAAAUGGUCAUAGCCCAUGUAAAUGUGAUAGACACAGAUUCAGGGCCUAAUGGAAGAGUGGAUUGUACUAUUUCUGGUAGUGACUUUGAACUUUCGCCUGUGGGAGACAAGGGGUAUAUAGUACGAGUGAACCAGACGCUCGACAGGGAGACGAGAGAGGUACAGAAUAUCUCCAUUGUAUGUCGUGACCAUGGAUCUCCCGUCCUCAGCUCUUCUCUCCACUUCCUGGUAAGGAUCCUGGAUGAAAAUGAUAAUAAGCCAGUGUUUAACCAGGACACAUACUUUGCUUUUGUGGAAGAAAACAGUAAAAUUGGUGCCAUGAUUAAGCAAGUUAGCGCCACUGAUAUAGACGUGGGGCGCAAUGCUGUUGUAUAUUACUACCUUGACGAUGAUGCUCAGGGACGUUUUGCCAUCAACUCCAAUUCAGGUGUAAUUACAACUUACACACAUUUUGAUCGUGAGCAAAGAAAUCACUAUGAGUUUACAGUCCUGGCAGUUGACAGUGGUAACCCUCCAAUGACUGGCUCAGCCACUGUUGUCCUCACUGUCACCGAUAUUAACGACAAUUAUCCUACAUUUGAUGGAGCUUCAUUCCAGUUUUUUGUUCAGGAAAAUUUGGCUGUAGAUGCAUAUGUAGGGACACUGAGUGCUAAUGAUGAUGAUGAAGGGGUUAACCAAGAGGUCAUAUUCUCCAUAGCAGCAUCAUAUGCUAAUCUGGUACCAUUUUACGUGAUGCCCGAUGGAGCAAUCAAAACAAAUAUUCGUCUGGACAGAGAGACCAAGUCCAUGUACACUUUUGAAGUUGAAGUAACAGACAAAGGUUCACCUCCCCUAAGUACUGCCACUAAUGUUGUUAUACAUGUCACAGACGACAAUGACCAGGCACCAGUCAUACAGUUCCCUAACAAGGGAAAUAACUCUGUGUCAGUUUCCUUCCUGGUUCCCAUAGGUACCACGAUUACUAAAGUGUUGGCUUAUGAUCUGGAUGAGGAAGGUCCAAACAGUCGCCUGACCUACUCCAUCAGAUCUGGCAAUCACCAUGAUAUUUUUGCCAUUGGUCAGACGUCAGGUAACAUUUAUUUGAAGAGAGCAUAUCCUCUAGAGAGCGAUGAAACAUUUUUACUGGAAAUUUCUGUCAAAGAUAACGCACCUCAACCAAAAGAAACAGUCCACCAACUGGAAAUCAUACUUAGAUAUUCCAACGAAUCAAGUACUUCCCUUGUGCCCAAGACAGGAAAUACAAAUGUUAUCAUCUCUAUUGUGGUCGUGGCAUUCACUUUUGUCAUAUCAGCCGCCAUUAUCACCACCAUCUGCAUCCUGCGACGUCAUGACAAAAAAUUGGAAAUGAAACAUUCAGAGAAAAUGUUUGACAAACCUGAAGUUGUGUCUGAUGAAAAAAUGAAAAAAGGAGAUUUAACUUACAAAGUGGAUGAUGUAAUUGACACUCCUAAAAAGAAGAAAAAGGAAGUAAGUUUUUCGCUGGACGAAGCCUACGGGAGUAUGCAACAUGACUACACUGGUACAACCGAGCUUAACAUUGCUGAUCCCAUUGAGGAUGCUAUGUACCCCAACCAGUCAAACAAGCAGAUAAAAAAUCUACAACUUCACAAGCUCCAUCUACAGGCUCAUGAUAAGGAGGAACAGAAGAACAUUAUGGCGCAGCCUCUGUUUGACAAUUUAAGUGAUACAUCUGGCGAGACAGCUAAUUCAGACAGUGGUCGCGGGGGAAGUGACGUUGAUCUUUCAUGUCAAAUGAGCAUGCAAGAUGAACUGAAAACUUUCACAUUCAACUAUUUCAACAAGAAACCAAAGUCAUCUACACCCUCAACUUCAUCAAAUAUUUCAUCUUCACAAAUGCCAAUUCACAAUAAAAACAGAACUCAUCGAAACAGUGAGAACAGUGGUCAUUAUGGACAGAAACAUUAUCCUGGAUCUGUGGAUGUUUUUCACACUGGGUCAGAAUUUCCCAGAGAAAAAAUAGACUCCAGAGUGAGCAGUUCUAUUGACAACUUUACCAAAGACAAUUCCAAAAAAAAUGGACACAGAUCAAAAUCAAAAUCCGAGAAAUGGUUUCCAUCCUAUGUGUGAAAAGGCACUUGUGUGAUAGUUAUAAUGACAAUCUGUGACACU